AUUCAAGAUGGCGUCCUUGCUUUACGCGUCAACAUAGCCGUUUUUCUCGCUUUUAUAACUUCUCAUCGUACACAAUGUAAYCAAGAAGAAUAUUUUUCAACUCUUUUAAAGACACUGUGAAAUGGCUAGCAGUGAGCAAGUGAGCCGGAUUGGUGGAGGAGCCUUCAAUCCCCCAAAGCGACCCAACCAUGGAUCAACAGGACGGCAAAUUUCUUURACUGCAAACUUCCUACCAGUUACUCUACCAGAAAGCGACAUCCACCACUACGAUGUGUCAAUCAGUCCGGAUAAGUGUCCUCGUAGAGUUAACCGUGACGUCAUUGAAAUGAUGGUUAAAAGCUACCAUCARGUUUUUCAAAAUCUGAAGCCAGUGUUUGAUGGGCGCAAGAAUAUUUACUGUAGGAAGGCACUGCCUAUUGGGAGAAGCCCUACUGAAUUUGACGUGGUUUUACCAUCUGAGAGCAACCAGGACAAGAAAUUCAAGGUUACAAUCAAAUGGGUAUCCCAAGUGAGCAUGUAUACCCUACAACAAGCAUUACUAGGAGUAUGCAACCAGAUACCAUUUGAAACAAUACAAGCACUAGAUGUCGUUUUACGUCACCUUCCCUCCAUGAAGUAYACUCCUGUGGGGAGGUCUUUCUUCUCCCCUCCAGACAGGACAAGUAUUCCCCUGGAGGGUGGUAGAGAGGUUUGGUUUGGUUUUCAUCAAAGUAUAAGGCCAUCACAGUGGAAGAUGAUGCUGAAUAUUGAUGUUUCUGCUACUGCCUUCUACAAGUGUCAGCCUGUAAUAGAUUUUCUCAAAGAGGUUCUUCGUAAGAAUGACAAUGACCUAGCAAGACAUCAAUUACUUAGUGACUCAGAGAGGCUAAGAUUUACCAAAGAAAUAAAAGGACUCAAAGUAGAGAUCAAUUACUGUGGUACAAUGAAGAGAAAGUACAGAGUUAUCAGUGUUACCAAACAGCCUGCAAAUGCAUUGCAGUUCAUGCUACAAACAGAAAGUGGGCAAAGUAGACAAAUCACCUUUCCUCAUCUCCCUUGUUUACAAGUUGGACAAGAAAAAAAGCAUACAUAUCUUCCAAUYGAAGUCUGUAAAGUUGUUGCUGGUCAACGUUGCAUCAAGAAAUUAUCAGAUGGUCAAACAGCAAAGAUGAUUCGAGCUACGGCUCGCUCUGCGCCAGACAGAGAGCGGGAAAUCAUUUCUCUGGUAAGAAAAGCAGACUUCGAAGGAGAUGAUUACGUUCAAGACUUCGGUUUAACAAUCGGAAAGAAAAUGGUCGAAGUCAAAGGGCGUGUUCUUCCUGCACCCAAGCUCGUCUAUGGAGGGAAAGACAACCAAWCCGUUACUCCUAAAGGCGGUGUGUGGAAUAUGCAAGGAAAGCAAAUGUUUCAUGGGAUAGAAAUACGAACCUGGGCRAUGGUGUGUUUUGCGAAUCCGCGCGAUUGCAACGAAGAAACUCUACGAAAGUUUUCCAGCAUGCUGAUUAGAAUUAGUGUCGAGCAAGGAAUGCCCGUCAGAUCGCAUCCUUGCUUUUGCAAAUUUGCCCGAAAACCAGAGGAGGUUGAGCCAUUAUUUAAACAAUUGAAAGCAAACUAUGCUGGUCUACAGCUUAUUAUUAUCGUUCUUCCCGGCAAGACCCCAGUUUACGCGGAAGUUAAAAAGGUAGGAGAUACAUAUUUAGGCGUGGUAACUCAAUGUAUUCAACAAAGAAACGUCGCUAAGAUCUCUGCGCAAACAAUCUCCAAUUUAUGUCUGAAAAUUAACGCCAAACUUGGAGGUAUUAACAACAUUCUCUCGCCUGAAGUUCGUCCUCCUGUCUUCCGUGAACCUGUGAUAUUCCUUGGUGCUGAUGUAACUCAUCCUGCUGCUGGCGACGAGAAGCGACCUUCUAUUGCGGCAGUUGUAGGCAGUAUGGAUGCCCAUCCCUGUCGRUACUAUGCGUCUGUUCGUGUUCAGGCACAUCGUCAGGAAAUUAUCGCUGAGUUGGCAGCUAUGGUCAAAGAACUUCUUCGUCAAUUUUACCAGUGCACCAUGCAUAAACCGCAUAGGAUAAUAUUCUAUCGGGACGGGGUCAGCGAAGGACAGUUUAAACAAGUUCUGAUUCACGAGUUAAGAGCCAUCAGAGAAGCCUGUAUUAGCUUAGAGGUCGGCUACCAGCCAGGAAUUACUUUUGUGGUCGUGCAAAAACGUCACCACACAAGACUAUUUUGCCAGGAAGAGAGAGAUAGGUGUGGCCGUGGAGGCAACAUUCCACCAGGAACUACAGUUGACCACGGGAUCACUCACCCUUCAGAGUUUGACUUCUAUAUCUGCAGUCACGCAGGAAUACAGGGCACAAGCCGUCCAUCUCAUUACCACGUCCUGUGGGACGAUAACCGAUUUACUGCUGAUGAACUCCAAGCCUUGACCUACCAGCUCUGCCAUACGUAUGUCCGCUGUACAAGAUCCGUUUCUAUUCCCGCGCCUGCGUACUACGCCCAUUUGGUGGCUUUUAGAGCUCGCUUUCAUAUGAUGGAAAGAGAAAAAGAAGGAAAUGAUAGUGGUUCAAAUAACAGCACCGGCGAUGAUUCGAAGACACCGGAAACACUAGCAAAAGCAGUUCAAGUUCAUCCAGAAAUUCUACGUGGAAUGUACUUUGCAUGACGAAUAGGAAGAAAAAAUAUAAAAACRAAAAAAAAUGAAUAGGAAUUAGAUAUUUUAAUGAUAGGUUUGCAAUGGCGAUUUUUUUUCAGUGUGUUUAAAUGACAAUAAAUGUUUGAAAAAAAUCGCGAAUGUAAACCGAGCCUGGAUGUUCAAAGCUCGAGUAAGCGCUAAUCGUGGUUUAAAUCUUAAAAAAUGUAUGUAUUUAACCCUGGAUUAAUGCUAAUCGGGCUUUAAACAACUGGACCAUGGGCGACAUGAACUAACAGAUCACGUGAUCAUAUGCCCUUAGAUGAAUUCUGAGAUGCGCGGGCGUUUUCCAAAAUUAUCGAUGGCGCUCACAUGAAAGCGAGGAAUUCACGGACAAUAGUAGAAGCGAGCUUCGGAACUUUGCCCGAGUUUUCGGAAUGCGMCAGUGUGACCCAGAAAUUGUCUGUUAGUAAAGCAUUAUUAGUAGGGGAACCUACCAAUGUAAACGGUCCCUGUUUGGGACAUUUGGUCACUUAAUGUGUUUGUUCAGCUCGUUCAUUUUACCAUGAAGGCAAUUAGCAGCUGCGCCAUUUUAAGAAGUAAAGGAUGAUGGGAAAUGUGUUUCUCUGAUUUUUUGUAUCCUUUAAAAGUUACCCACCAAAAAACUAGUUGUGAGAAAUGGAAAGAUUUCUUACAAGAGCGAAUAUCAUGAAAGUGGUGCACAGGCAGCCUAAGCUAAGCAUUUGACUAGUUCAUUAUCCCCCAGCGAUAUAAGUAUAGAUGGGGAGAUAUCAAGAAAAACGGCGAAUUACGCCUUAAUUUAGAGCUAAAACCGUACCACCAAAAAAAAAACAUUUUUCUAUCAAAAAUGUCAUAAGACAAAUGCUUAGCUUGGGCUGCCUGAGAAUGGCGUCGCUGCCCGUUGUCUAUUAGGGAUUUAGCAUUCAGUAGUGCCGAUUAAAAUAUAUCUCUGAAAUUAUAUUUUCACCAAGUGAUAUGACUCUUAACUCUAAAUUUUCAAAUAGAUGUAAAUCCAUAAAAUCUCUGUUAGAGAUUGUUUUAAAAAUCUGUAAAUUGUACUUUUAUUGCUGACAGGAAUAAAAAAAAUUAUGAAAAUCU